AUGUAUGAUUAUUUCGACGUAGUCUAUGAGGUUGUUAGUCCUGGAUUAAUGGAAACUCGUUCAUUAAGUAAAUAUACGCCAAUUAUGACGCGUGAACAUGAAUGUUGGGCGUAUCGCUGUAUACCGGAUCUAAUCGAUUAUAAUGUAAGUAUUCUCUUACAAACCUAUGCAUAUGAAAUGGAUUUGUAUCAUAAAUCAGUGUCAUACAAUCGUGUAAUUCAACAUUCACCAACAAGUGCUGAACCACUGAUAUUUUAUCCGCCAUUAAUAUUUAACAAUAAGAGUGUGCAUAUACGUGAUAUUGAUGUAUUGGUUGUUGGAGCUCUUCAACCAUUUGUUUAUCCUCUUAGAACGAGAAUAGCACAAAUGAUCUGGGAUAAAAAGAUAAGUGGCUAUGUACAUCAGCAUCCGGGUUAUCUUAAUGAGAACAAUACGGUUGAAAUGUCAGAAAAACAAUAUCGUACAUAUGCUGCAUUAUUGCAUAGAGCUAAACUUGUCAUUAUUGGCGCAACGAGAUAUUACUAUGCACUAUCAAAAUUCAGUGAGGUUGCAUUAGCAGGAUGCUUGAUAAUGAGCGAAAUACCUUAUGAAAGAGAAGAAGAAUUUCGAAGUUAUAUUGUAGAGUUGUCAAUGAAUAUGACCGACACGGAAAUAAAAACGAUAAUUGAUUAUUGGGUAACGCAUAGUCAGGAACGUGAACAACGUGCAGCUAAAGGACAAAUGAUUGUUUUGAAUAAAUACACGUGGGAUCAUAAUAUUGAUUUAUCAAUACAAGCUGUGUUAAAAUAUAAACGAAAAGAAUUUGGGAUUUACCACAAUUAUCCAUACUCACUAAAAUGUGUACCGCUGGACAACCUUGAUCAUGGAGGAUUUAGCAGAUGGUGCAGUCAACAAUCGAUUGCAUUGAAACAUAUUCCAUCAACAACUCCUUGUAUAUGCAAUAGAACAUGGGUAAACUUCAUUGACGAAGACUCCGUUUUAGAGGGGUUGAGAAAUCAAAGUGAUAUGAAUACCACCAGUCAAUAUUUAGUACCAAUUGGCUAUCUAAAAAUUUGUGACACCAAAGAGUAUAUCCAGGACAUGGUGCGGUAUUCACCGUGGGGUAGUGCAUGCGUUUGUAACCACACUAACUGGUGGAGAGGACGUUCUUCUGUGUGCUAUGUAUCUAAUACAGCUUUAUCACUUUCAAAACAUUUAGCGUUUACUCUGUCAGACCACAGUCACUCUAAAUAA